CGACACCAUAGAUAUCUGCAACACGUUUGUAGACUAUAACGCACCUGCCAAGGCUAGCGUGCUAGUACAGAAGAAUACGUUCCUUUGGCAUAGCGGCUCUGGGGCUUCUACCUGUCACCGCAUCAAUGGUUUGCUGAGCGCUGCUCACCCGGGGGCAACAAUGUGCCCCCACGCAACGGAUUGUAAGGACAGCAGCUGGAGAACGGGGAGCGGGUAAUACGUUCGCGCAUCUUGGCGUGUUAGCGGCUUUGGACAAGCAAUGGGCUUCCUGAAGAAGUUUAAAGAGCAGAAGCAGGACGGGCCUGACGCCCCAGCUGAGCCUGGGCCUGUGUCGCAGCCUAGCAUCGGUCCAGAAGAUUUCCUUCCUCCCGAGCCGAUACCACGGACAACAAGGUCAAAGGCAAAGGCUACAUCAGCAGCACCAACAGCAGCCUUGGAUCUGCCCUCACCAAGGGCGGGAAAAGGUGCUACGCGCGGUAAGGCAAAGGAGCAGCAGCAACAAGUGGAGCAACAAAAGGCGCCGACGUCCCCAGCGUCCACCCCAAAAGGCGCCAAGGGCAAAGCAGCAGCUAGCCAAGCAGGCGGGAAAGCGGCUGCUGGCGCCAAGGGCGCGGGCGGCAAGGGCAAGGGCGGUGCUCGUGAGCCUGUCGCUUCAGCAGCAGCGGCCUCCGGAGUCGAAGGUUCAGCAGCAAAGCAAGCUGCUGCUAAGCGCGGCGCGGAGGAGGUGAAGGUGGCGCCCGAUCCGCAAUCGGAAGCGGCAUCUGAAGCCAAGCCGACCCAGGAACCCGCGCUUAUGUCGGAGCCAGCCUCACAGCAGCAACAGGGGUCCGUCCCGCAAGCAGGAUCACCAAUUGUGGAGGCAGCGACAUUUGCUCAGCGUCAGCUGGAGGGCCCAGCGUCAGCUGCCACCCUUGCCUCGCCCGCAUCUGUGCUGUCAGACGCUGACAUGCCCCGUGAUCCUCGUAAGCGGCACAUCGUGAUAGACGUAGAGCCCUUGGGUCUGCAAUCCCCGGUGGCGGUGCCAAAUGCUGCCGUUGCAGCACCAGCAGGACUAGCUGACACACCUGGCUCUGCUUCACAGCCUUUCGUGAACAGCCUUUCCGCCAAAGGAACGCCUACUACGGACGGCUUACAGGCUCAAGCCCAAGAGCCAGACUCAGCGGUGAAAGCAGAUGCAGCACCGGCAGCAGCCCCGACGGAAGCAUCGAAGCCAGUUUCUGAGCCUUCAGCUCCAGCAGUUGGGACAACUGUCGCGGAGAUUCCGGGUUCCGACGCCGGAGCUUUACCGCCGCCGCCUCCGUUGCAGCUUCCACCUCCACCACCUCUGCCGCCGCACCUUUCGGGCCCUCGUGGCCAGACGCAGCCCGAGCCCCAGGCCGCAACAGCAUCCGCCUCAGGGUCCCAGCCGGCAGCAAGUCGUGAUGAUUCACGUUCAGCGUACGUCAUGACUGGUCUGCGCGAGACAACUUCAUCUGCGGCUCUUAACGGGGGCCAUGAUAGCGCAGACCGCGAUCGCCCUCGAGACCGAGACCGCCACCGGCAGGAUGCUGAGCGAGACCGCGAUAGGUCGGAUCGCGACCGAGGCCGUGAGCGCUCGGAGCGUGACAGGGACCGCCAACGGCAGCCCGAUGCAGGCGGCAGAGGUGGCAGCGCGCGCAGUGGUGGAUCCGGCGCUGCAGCGGCGGCGGCAGGUCGGUCCAGCGGCCGAGCAAGCAGCCCAAGCCGGCGCGACAGGGACCGCGAUGGCGGACGCGGGGACGCCAAGGCACCUAGCCGCAGUCGCUCGCGCGACCGAGCAGCGAAGGCCUCCGGCGAGAAGGACAGUGGUGGCCAGGACAAGGACCGGCAUCGCGACAAGGACGAGGGUCGCAGCGACAAGGAGCGUGAGAGGGAGAGGGAGCGUGAAAAAGAGCGAGAGCGCGAGAAGGAGAGGGAGCGGGAAAGAGCAAAGGAGCGGGAACGGGAGAGGGAGCGGGAAAAAGAAAAGCAGCGGGAACGGGAGAAGGAACGGGCCAGGGACAGGGAGAACAGCAGUAAAGACAAGGACCGCAGCGGUGGCACCGCGAAGGCCCUUGAGGCCACUGCAGCCAGCCCUGCACCGGCGAACGUCGCACGUGGCAGCGGCAGCGAGCGCCGCGGCACCAGUCGCGACAAGGAUGGCAGCAGUCGCGAGCAGGCGAGCGGGCGCAGCCGCAGCAGGUCGCGUGAACGGGAUGGCAAGCGGGCUAGGACUGAAGAUGUCAAGCCUCCUGCUGCGGCAAGGGAGUCGGCGGCCGCAGCACCGAAAACAACGGCAGCUGACGGCGGCGGUAGCAGCCAGGCCGGACGCAGGGGCGAUACAGCUGAGAAAGACCUUGGCAGCAGCAAAGGCAGGGGAGAUGGCGGCGGCGAGGAAAGCAAGCAGGUGAAGACCGAGCGUGACGGCACGUGUGGCAGUGCCGGUGCGGAGGCUGCCGCUGCGCAACCGCAGCAAGCGUCUCAUGCUGCGGCACGACCGGACCCGGCACCUGUUGAAGCGGCGUCACCAGCAGCGGCAGCAGCGUCACCGCAGGCCGAUGCUCCAACCACCACUUCGGGUGGCCGAGCCAAGCGCGAGCCCAUUGUUUGGAACCCAUCCGCUCGCCCAACCUUCCACUCUCCUCUUAGGAGCUCGGCAAGCAAGGAGCCGGAGGCAGCGGUAGAGCAAGCGGCAGUCGCCAGCACUGCUCAGGAGCCUGAAGCGGGCGCAGCCGCUCCUUUCGCUCACGAGGAGCAGCAAGCCAUGGAGCCGGAGGGCGUGCCCCUGUCGCCUUCUCCACGCCGAGCGUACAGCAGCUCUGAUUCCGAACCCACGCGCUCCCGUUCCCGUGGCUACAGCAGCAGCGAAGAGGGCGACGAGGCGGGGUCGGCUGGCAAAGAGGACGCGCAGGUGGCCGAAGGCGGGGCUGACGGUGUGUUUGACAACAAUGAAGAAGAGCAGCUUGACGAGUACGACUUUGGUGACCUUAUGGAUGCGGAUCUGAUGGACGAGCACUUGGACGAGCAUGUACGGCAGCAGGAUGAGGUACCGGCAGCCGCUGAUCCGCCAACGGCGACGGCAGCGGAGGCGGCGGCUGAGCCGGCAGCUGUCCGCGGUGCCGCUGACGGGAAGGAGCAAGGUGGCAGCGGUGGCGACGACAGCAAGGAGGCUGCCAAGGACCUGACCACCCGCAACAUCCCGAUCACCGCCACCGGGCGUGUGGCAUAUGAGGACAUGGGUGCCCCCGGUCCGAACCUUAGCCGCCAGGAGCAGGUGGAUCACGUGACUGCUGGUCUGGUGGGGCAAGUCGGCUCAGACAUGCUGGCCAAGCUGCGCAAGCUUCUGAUGGAUAUGCCCGCUCUGGACCUAUCAACUGUUCGGCCAUGGGCGCUCCGCUCGCUACUGGCCAUCAACGAUGACGAGGCACGCUGGCGGGCUUCGCAGGCGUUACUUUCGAUUGAGUGGAGUACAGCAAACAAUCCCGGAGGCGUCCUGCACUCCCGGCUGCAGCGGGCCGUGGAGAUGGAGCGCAUGCAGCUCUUCCGCGCCGGCCGCACUGCCCGGGCCAAACGAGGGCGAAGCGUGAGCCCUCCCGGAGGACUCGGGCCCGCAGCCAAGCGGUCCACCGAUGUCAAACGUGAGCGUGCAGGCUCCGCGGAGGGGCGGCGCCGUCGCAGCCGGAGCCGCGACCGUGAGGGCCGCAGCCGUGGCAGCAGCAAGGAACGCGGUCACAGCAGGGAGCCUCGGGACGGUGGCGCGAGGGGCAAACCCCGCGACGCUGAGGAGGAACGCCGCCGGGAACGUGACCGUGUGCGUGGCAGCAGCAAGGAGCGUGACGGCGCGCGCGAGCGCGAGCGGGAGCGUGAUGCCCGGGAGCGCGUGGACCCCGCGCGCUCGUCCCUUCGUGAGCCGGAUGUCAAGUCGCGGCGGUGGGAGGACGUGGUGCGGUCCACGUCAAGGGGAUGCAUUGUGAAGCUGCCACGGGCUUUCAUUGAAGACGCUCGGCGAGUUUUGUACGAUGCUGAUGACCUGGAUUGCUCUCAGAUUGACGCCAGUGCGUGGGACCCGCUGCUGAUGCUGCCCAACUGCGAGCAACGCCUCAACGCACUCCGCUCAUUGCGCAACAUCCGCUGGAAGGAGCGCUUCAACGUGAGCGCAACCGUCAAGGGCACUCUGCUGCGCUGCGCUGAGCAAGUGCAGCGCGAUAUGCAGCGCCGCGACAUGCUGCGACCCGGGGGCGGCAUGCCCAUGAUGCCUUUGGGGGCGCCCAUGCAGGGCAUGAUGGCAGCUGCUGCGGGCGUGGGAUUGGCCAUGGGAGCCAUGGCAGCCCGCCGCGACUCCCGCUACGGACCCGCCAUGGGCGCACUGCCCGGCCCGCCUGCACUGGCAUCUGGCCGCCUGGGUGGCAUGCUUCCGCCGCCGCCACCGUUGCCUGGAGCCGCCGCUAUGGGCGGACCCAUGGGUCGCUACCCGCCGCCGCCGGAUCCGCGCAUGGCGCUUGCAUCAGCAUCCCGUCCUCGUGAUCGCGAUUACGACCGUGACGAUCGCGGCCGGCAUCGCAGCUCGGCUGUCGGCGCCAACACCGCCGGCGCAGGAUCAGGGUCAGCAUCAGCAGCUCCGCGGCGCAGCCGCAGCCCUAGUCGCGGCCGCCGUGCUGGCACCACCCGCAGGAGCCGCAGCAAGAGCCGCAGCCCGAGUAAGGGCCGCAGCAAGGCCCGCAGCAAGACCAGAAGCCGCAGCCGGUCACCAGCGCGUGCCACGAGCCCUACCAAGCCGCGCUCCAGGAGCCAGUCGCGCGGGGCCAGCAGCGACCGGUCUUCCUCGCGAAGCAGGAGCCGUAGCAAGAGCCUGAGCAAGAGCCGCAGCCCGGAGCGGCGGGGCACGAAACGCUCCCGCAGUCCGGGGCAGGCGGCGGCUGAGGGAGGCAGCGGCGCAGGCGAGGCUGCCGCAGCAGGAGGGGCCGAUGCGGGUGGUGGUGGCGGUGGCGGCAGCUCCUCCUCCCCGCGACCGCUGUCUGCUGAGUUCAAGGAUCGCAUGUACAAUUACCUGAAGGGCUUUGGCAAGCUGGACUUGCAGGGGGUAGAUGAGAAGGUGUUUGAGUGCCUGGGUCGGCUGCCCGAUGACAGCGCUCGGAUGGACUGCCUGCGGCGCCUCAGCGGCGUGCAGUGGCAUGCUGUGAGCGGGGCGCAGGAGACGCAGAAGCGGCUGCGGUCCCUGCUGGAGCGGGGCACAAACGAGCUGCUGAAGGGCCACAGCGCUCCAUCUAAGAAGAGCUUUUCUGGCGGGGGCAAGCGUCGUGCUGGUGGUGGAGGGGGAGGCGGGCGGCGCUAGGAGUAAAUGUGCAUAAGUGUUUGCAUGCGGAGGGUUAGGUACAGGCAGCAGGGCUUUUGGCACCAGGGGAAGGCGCCUUGGCGAGUGGUUAUGGUUUCCGCGAUGCCGGCGAAGGGCGCUGUGCGGGGAGGUGCAUUUUGGGGUCUGUAGCAGCUGGAUGGAUGCAGCGGUGGACCUGUGCGGCUGGUUUGACUGCAAGCCUGAGGGGUGUGGGUUUGCGGUAUUGCGCUGACUGCUGUGCUGACACUGGCGCAAUACGCCUUUCGUAAGGAUUGAUGGCGCAAUUCGUUAUCCUCCUUUGCUGGCGUGAGGUUACGGGGCCAUAUUCGUUACGAGAUGUUCGCUUGUCCUUGACAUGAGCUGAAACUGCAGGGAGCUUGAAAGGAAGGCCUUGACUACCAAUUGACCAUACUGCUGUCCUGUUGUCGAUAUUGUCUUUUGCAAUUUAGACCCUUGACGCAAUGCACUGCAUGUGCGGACGCUUGUUGUUUUUUAGAGAAGCUUGUUUGUUUAGUUGUGGCGUGUCCUGAUCAGGCAUGGUAGGCUUCAGCGUGGUCUCAGGCACGGCCCUGGGUUAUUGGGGCUGUGGAGACAUGGGUUUUGCGGCUAGCACAGCGCACCGCAUGUUGACCCGAUGCCUGAUGCUGGUUCGGGGCAGCUAAACGAAAUCAACAAGUCUUGCUAGGUCCUGUUAGCAUUCAGGUUUUACAUACGGCAUGGCUGUUACUGGUAGCCAUAGGAUGCGGUUCGCAAGUUGACAUUACGUAUGGUCCCUCGUGUCGUCUAAAAAAAUGUGUCUACCGGCAAUGCGGUUAUGCCCUAAACGGUACGGGCAUGCUGCAUUGGCUGAGGUUUGGUGCCGGAUGUGCAGUGUUGCGGACGGUUCUGAAUUGUGGUCGCCUGUGCCUGAUUUCCUGCAUGGUGGCGCGCCAACGUCGCCCGUCGCAAGGAUGCGCAGGGACGUUAAGAGUGGACGGAGCUUGUCCGCAAUUCCAAAGGCUCGUCCCUGUACGCUUCACGACGUCCGUGUUAGCCAUUGUAGGCAAUCCUCCACUUCCUGAAACAUCAAACAUCCCCG